GACGCGCCUGCCUUGACUGCAGGCGCGGCCUUUUGAAGAAGAACUGUAGCUGGGGAGUCAUGGUGCUGCCGGGGCCCUCCGCCGCCGCGGAAGAGCGGCAGAGAAAGCUCCAGGAGUACCUAGCAGCCAAGGGAAAACUGAAGUGCCAAAACACCAAGCCUUAUCUAAAAGCCAAGAAUAAUUGCCCGAAUCCACCACCUUCUAAAUCUACUAUCAGACCUAAAAAGGAUGUUACCAACCAUGUUGCUUUGCCUGUCAAAGCUACAAGACCCAUCAGCAUUAAACCUCAGUCCAGACCUGCCAGCAUCACAGGGUCCCAGAGGCCAAAGUUGGAGCCACCAAAACCUCUGGGCAAAAAAAGGCUCACUUCAGAAUGUGUUCCUUCUCACCCAAACCGUAAGCCUUCCGGAAGUAGUCAACAACACCAUGAAUUUGGAUCAUCCACUACUGGAGAACUGUCAAGAAAAACCAUGGGGUCACUUAAUAUACAGGAAUUGAAAACUAAAAAGCAGCAGGUAACACAACAAGGAACUGCUAAAUGUACAGACUCUGUGGACAGUACCCAUGUUGAAAACGAAUCCUUGGGUAGCUGUCUAAAAGAGAUGAAUAAAGAGAACUUGCCCCAAAUCUUACCAGACUCUGAGAGGAAGCCAAAUCCUGAAUUAGACACCGUAAGUAAGCCAAAAACUAAUCAAACCAAGAGCAGUGUGGCUCCUACUAAAGAAGUCUUGGGCAAAAGGUCAGUGAACAGUGCUGUUCUGAAAGACAGAGUUAAUAAACCAUUUCUUGAAGAAACACAAAUCAGGAUUCCACCAGAGAAGUCUCAGCAACUCUCUAGAGGAACAGAUCUUGCAAGACCAGGGGGAAAACCCCCAAAAACAGUUUCCUCUCACUUUGUCCAGACACUUAACAGGACUCAAGCAUCAAAGAAAACAGUGGUUAAGGACAUAAAGAAUAUAAAGGUUAAUAGGGGUAAGUAUGAAAGAUCAAAUGAAACUAAGUUACAGUCAUGCACUGUUACUGAACAGAAAGUAAAACAUAGCAAACCCAGCACAUACCCCAAAGUGCUUCAAAGAGGAUGUAACAACAGACAUCCAAACACAAAGCAAGAUCAUAAACCCACGCAAGCUUGUUGUAGACGUCGGACAUCAUAUGUACUGCAAAAAUCAAAAGCCAUAAGCCAAAGGCCUAAUUUGACAGUUGGCAGCUUUAACUCAGUCAUUCCAAGCACCCCUAGCAUAAGAGCAAAUGGAGCCAAAGGGAAUAAAUGCAACAACAGCUGUCAACAAAAAGCACGGACUUUGGACUCCAAGUUGAAAAGGGCUCUUCCCCAGAACUGUUUUCUAAACAAGACAGCUCCCAGAACUCAAGCUGGUGGCACAACCGUAAAUGGAAGAGGACUCCCAAAUGGGACCCAAACUAAUCCAAAUAAGAAGACCACAGCAGAGGAUCGAAGGAAACAGUUGGAAGAAUGGCAGAAAUCUAAGGGGAGGAUCUAUAAACGGCCUCCUAUGGAACUUAAAACAAAAAGAAAAAUAAUAGAGGAAAUGAAUAUUUCAUUCUGGAAGAGUAUGGAAAAAGAAGAGGAAGAAAAGAAAGCACAACUUGAACUAUCCAGUAAAAUUAACAACACUCUGACAGAAUGUCUGCAGCUCAUUGAAGGGGGUGUACAUUCUAAUGAAAUAGGUGCCAUUUUGUCCAGUAUUCCUGAGGCUGAAAAAUUUGCUCAAUUCUGGAUCUGCAAAGCCAAGCUGUUGGCAAGUAAAGGCACCUUUGAUGUUAUUGGGCUAUAUGAAGAGGCCAUUAGAAACGGGGCCAGACCAAUACAAGAGGUGCGGAAAGUUGUCCUUAAUAUUUUGCAAGACCCAGACAGAACCACAGAAGGAAUUACCUCUGACUCUUUAGCUGCUGAAACUAAUAUAACAUCAAUAGAAAUGCUGGCCAAGAAGAUGGAGUCUGGGACGUCUUGUCUUUCUCCAAAAGAGAGGGAACAGGUUUCAGCAACACCCCAAAUAACCAAGUCAGGACAGGAUAAUCAUCCUGGUAUCAAAUUACAGAUCGCGCCGAUCCCUAGAAUAAACGGAAUGCCGGAAGUGCAAGACAUGAAGCUUAUCACUCCUGUACGGCGGUCAGCCAGGAUCGAGCGAGCAGUGUCCCGCUACCCGGAAAUGCUGCAGGAACCUGACCUAGUGGUGGCUUCUCUCAGCGAACUGUUAGAAGUGGAAGAGACAGAGUGUUUUAUAUUCCGCAAAAAUGAGGCUUUGCCGGUAACAUUAGGGUUUCAAGUCCUUGAGUCGUAAUUUCUUGAUUUUUUUUUUUAAAAAAGAGAGACAUUUCAGAGCCUCCACAAGACAAGAAAUGCACUUACCUAGGUGGCCUGGGGGAAACUGUGUAAUAGAGGGGCAUCGUGGAUGCAGACUGUGGGCCCCAGGGCCUGGAAAGUAAUUCCCUGGGCUUACUCUCAGAUUUUACACCCCCAUGGGAAAGUCUGGUUAUUUAAGACUGUAGUUUGCCACAGCUUUACAGCACACAUAAGUUUCAAACUUUGAAAAUUAACUUACCCCACAAGUAUGGUAACAAUUUGAGUUUUAUUGACCUACCUUAAUCCCAACAUAGUCAUUUUUUAUAUCAGGAGAUCAAUUCCACAAUAUGAUAGACUUUCCUUCCUGCAUCCACCUUAGCAGAGAGGGCAAGUCCUUCCAGCAUGGAAGAUCUGAGUGUAGAAACUAGCCUUCCCCGCUAGGUGGGACGUGACAGACCAUCUGGUCAGAUCCUCUCAUUCUGCAGCUGAGUUUAUGCUGGCUGUGCCUUUCGCUCAGAGAUCACAGAUGACUUUUAUGUGUGAUCUUUGACUUCCGUCACAGAUCCUUGGAGAUGAGAGGUAAUUCACAUCCUUUCUGGGCCUGGCCUCCUUAAUGAUACACAAUCCUGCACUGGGGUGGUCAUCUGGCUUUUUAUAUUCAAACCUAAUUUUGCAUUUGUUGUUGAGAAAUGCUUCAAAUAAAAACAAAAGGGAGCAGCAGACAGGGGUGGGGAAAGGACCCUUGCCUCUUCAAUUCUUUGCUCUCCUAGGGGACACCUGGCCUGAGAAGACAUCUGAGCCCCAGAGACUAUCAUAGGUCGCCCUUCCUUCCUCCUGGGCAACUGCUUGUGGAAAAGGUAGAAUCAGAAUCGUUGUGUAAAUAUAAUGUAUAGGAAAACCUAGUCAAUGUAGUUUAGAUUUUAGUUUUCUUAAUAUUUAUGUAUCAUCUAAAAAACAAUUUUAUUCAUUCCUGCUUAUUCAUUUAUCAUAUUUAUUACAGAAAACAGUGCUGGUGGCUUGGCCUAGAGAAUUAGGGGUUUGUCUGGGGAACGCCAAUAGGCUAUCCCAAGAGACCUCAGAGGGAACACCCACUACCCUGGAGAACUCACCUUCAUGUGGAUUUUUCCAUUGUGAGGGAAGCAGAUCCAUCUCUCUUAAGUCUGAUUUAUAAAAAUGAGGUUCAUAAAGCUGAGGUAUAAAACCAUAAUGCUAAUAGACUAACUUUUGAUGAGAAAUAGAUUGUCACCACAACCAAAAUGCAGGAAUCCACACAGCUAGGCGUUCCCUUCCCUUUAGACAGACUCACUUUACCUCUAAAGCCCGAGGGGUUGCUUAGAAGUCCUGGAAGCUGAAAAUGGGACUUGGGGAAAUAAAAUAUUCAAAAUCACGAGACAGAAAGAGCCUGAAGCACGUACCUCCUUGUUAGGAACGCCCUUGCCUCAGACCUCAGGCACUCCAUCUCAUGUCCAUGGACCAGUCCUCUGAUUGGGCCUGCACUGCUGUCCUUUGUGCAUUACCUGUUCUUUGGCUUCAUACGGUUCAUCCUUGCCACCUAAUGCCCAUCCCCCCACCCAGACUGGGAAUCAGCUGUCUAUGGUGAUUUUACGUCUCUCUCUCCUCAGAACAUCGUCUCAGUAUCACAGCUCAGUUCUCAAAAGAACACCUUCGCUAUUGCCAGUUCCCAGCAGGACUUCUCACAGUACCACCCUGGGUACUAACAAUGUCGGCUGAACCACUGGCAUUGAAUAACGCGUAGAUUUCAAACUGACAAAUUGGAGGUUUUAAACAGCCUGAUUGGAGUAAGUAGCAUCUUCAGGAUAUAAAAAGAUGUGGAAGUGAUGGAGAUGGUAUAGCAACGACAGAAAACUGCACCGUGAUUCUGCAGCUCUUUGUAGAUUCUUAGUAACCCUCUUGUUUAGUAAAUAGCUGUUCCUAGAUACCUGGAGCAGGAGGGAGGGAGAGAGGGAAGGUAAGAAGCAGGCCCUUAAUCACUUGGGAGGAAGAUUCAUAGGGAAUUGCAGGGGAGAUAUGGGCCUCGGCAGAAAUUAAGUCUAACGUUCAACUUCUUAGAAGGGGGGAGAGUAAAGGGAGUGUUAAAGGAAGAUAAAUAAGGAUGGUUAUAUACUGGCAUCCUGGUGCAGAAUGACCAUGAACCAGAAGACGAGGAGAGAAGGAGGCAUGACAGCUCACAGUUAUUACUGUUUACUAGGUACAGGUACUCAUGCUAUAAAAGACAUCUGUUGUGCCUGCUUGGCAUGUAGUCCUUCUUCUAAUAAGAGUGCCCUAAUUUCCUUAGGACCACCUCUUUCCCGCUCACAAUCUGUCACUUAACAGGAACGGACUCCACCCACAUGAGCAUGUGACCCAGGCUAGGCCAACCAGAGCCCAGUAUCCUGGCCAGCGGCAUUGAUUGGACGAUGGGGUUAUUUCUCACUCAAAACCAGUGAAACUCGUUUCCCAGACUUUUGUUGGAGAGACUUUUCCUGGUAGAGUUGCUGCAAAGAGGAUGGAAAUCUGUAAACCUUCUUAUAACCAUGGAGAAAAAAACCACCUAGAGAAUGGCACCAACACAGAAUAAGCCUGAGAGCUGGAGAGAGUAAGCUUACAUCCAGUGACAUCAUUUGAUCCCUGGCUAAAGCCUGGAGCUGGCCAAGCCCUGUACUUUUCAGUGAUGUGAGACAAUUGAUUCCCUUAUUCUUAAGCCAGUUUCAUUUAGGUUUCUGUCAGGUGCUAGGGAAAAAUCCUGACUAGUACACAUAUAUACAGUAGUAGAGGAAACUCCUAUUUCAUGUUUGCUCUGGCCGCCUUGCAGGCAUAUUGUCUCACUACAUUCUCACAGUAGCCCUAUGGCAUAGGUAUGGAAACAAAGUGAGACAGUAAAUGACAGGCAGGACUGACGUUUCAAACUCAGAGCUGCCUGGCUCCAAGUGCAGAGCUUUUAACUCCUGUCUCUAAAGUAUGGAAUGAGAACUAGGACGGUGACAAGGAAAGAGCAAAUCUGAGAAAGACAUUCUUGAACGGCUCCCAACUUACCAAAUAAGAAUCACUGUGAUAGCCAAAGUGCUGUCGUUUAUCCUCCAGAUGAGGCGAUCGAUCACAUUUUUACCACAAGAGCACCGCCCCAGGGAUGGUGCUUCUCGUCAUUUCUGCCUGCUCGGGACUGGGUGCAGGAAUUCAGACACCGAUUCAGCCGGUGUGACUAGUCACAACUAGAAAUGCAUCUCUCUCCCAUCAGCAACCCUGGUGCAACAGCCAAUGCUCAGCUGUGCCAGGCCCACAGCAUAUCUGUCUCAGGGCUCUACCAUCCCCAGGGUGCAGCCUCAUCCAUGUGGACAAGCGUGGCUCCCAAGCAGUUUCACAUGGCAGCCAGUGGGAACGGGCAAGAGAGGGAGCGGAAGGCACACCCUCUCCUUUUAAGGUCACGACGUGGAAGCUGGAUGCAUUAUUUCUGCUUAGGGUGAGAGGGACCACAGCUUGCUCACGUGUCCCCACUCAUCUUCAAAGAAGGCUGGGAAAUGUCUUCUGGGUGGCCACAUGCCCAACUAAAACUUCUUCCAGAAACGGGAUAUGACUAUCGGUGUCUACCACAGUCUUAGCAGCAAUGGAGUACAUCUCUAAGGUGCAGAUAAAUGAGGACAGAGGUGACACAGGAUUAAAAAUAUAUACUGCAUCAAAUGAACAAUCCCCAGUUAGAAAUAUCUCCCACCCUACCCUGCCUCAGAUGAGUUCCUAAGAGUUGAGGAGGGUUCUAAUCCAAAGUUGUAUAGCCCUUCCCCACUUCCUCUCAUCUCAUGAUAGGUCUUUAGCCCCACCCUUUCCCCUGCAGUUCUACAAGCUGACCCAGAGUAAUAAUAAAUCAGGUUACAUGGUUCACUCAAUAAAACAUACAGGACACUGGAAGCCAGAGAUAUAAUGAUGACCCAAACAGCCUGUCACUAAGGAGCCUCAAGUCCAGUGGGGACACAUGUUAAAGAAUCACAAGCGUCAAAGUGUGAUGAUCCUCGGCUUACCUGGUGGCGCAGUGGUUGAGGGUCCGCCUGCCGAUGCGGGGGACACGGGUUCGUGCCCCUGUCCGGGAAGAUCCCACAUGCCGCGGAGC